AUGUCGCACAGAAGCUCAAACAUUGUCCUCUACACUGCACCAACUCCAAAUGGACACAAGGUGUCCAUCACCCUGGAGGAGCUGGGGCUGGAGUACGAGACGAAGAUGGUCGACAUGGGGAGUGCCGAGCAGAAGGAGCCGUGGUUUUUGGCCAUUAACCCCAACGGACGGGUGCCGGCCCUGACGGACGUCCUCCCCGACGGGACGACGAUCAGGCUCUUCGAGUCGGGGAGCAUCCAACAGUACCUCGUCGACCGGUACGACGGGGAGCGACGAAUCUCCUACGCCCCCGGGACGGGGGAUUUCUACAUGACCAACAGUUGGCUCUUCUUCCAAAACGCCGGCAUAGGCCCCAUGCAGGGGCAGGCCACCCACUUUACCAACUACCACCACGCGACCGAGCCUCAGACCUACGCCCUCGAGCGGUACGUGAACGAAAGUCGGCGGCUCUGGCGCACCGUCGACACCCACCUCGGAAAAGAGGGCACAGAAUACCUGGUGGGGUCUAAAUGCACCGUUGCAGACAUUGCAGCCUUCAGCUGGGCCAACAUCGCGUUUUUCUCCGGUAUCGACCUUUCGGAAUUCCCCCGAGUCCAACGGUGGUUCAACCGACUUUCCGAGAGGCCAGGCUUCCGAAAAGGACUCGCCGUCCCGGUCAAAGUCAGUCUGCAGGAGCUGUCCAAAGAUAAGGCGUUCUUGGAACGAAACAAGGAGAUGAUCCGUCAAGGCAUGCAGGAAGAUAGGAAAAAGUAG